AUGAUCGGCGGAUGCGCCCUUGAUCUGACAUUGACAUCGGGUGGCUUCCGGAGUGGAGCUUGGGGCGCGGACUACAACUUCAAGAGCUCUCCCCCAAAACCGAGAUCCGAGAACCGGAGUCUCAAUUUUAUCCGCUCUUCACCUUCCCCAAAGCCGACAUCCCGCUCAUUCCCGCCAUAUUCAGAGCCAUGCGAUCCAGUUUAUCGUGCGAGCAUUGCCGCAAAGGUCAAGUGCGUUCACACCGGAAGUGCGCCUUGUCAACGAUGUCAACGACUCGGAACAUCGGGUUGCGAAAUCACAAGACCGGUUGUGAGAUCUGCUAAGAAAGCUGUGAGGAGAGCGCAGAAUGAGGCGAGUUUGACGCCGAGGGAUGAUGUCUCGGUGAUUUCGAGCACGUCGGGGUUUCAGCCUAUACCGAGUCCUGUUUCGUCAAGGCAGACGACUUCAUAUCAUGCACCAGAUACUGUGGAUGAUCAUCUCACACGCUUACCAAUUGGGAUAAUUCUGAAAGCUCUGAACAUAUUCACUGCCAAGUUCCCGGAGUUGAGGAUACUUCAAGCAUCUGCUUUCAUCAAGGAGUAUCAAACUGCUCGGUCCAAGGAGAGCAAAGCGUUGCUAGCGACAAUUCUUGCAAUUACGAGGAAACAAUGCUCCAUUGUCACAGGAGAUUGGUUGAGAAGUUUAAAGAGUAGCGAGUGCUAUGCAUCAUACGCUUGGAGUACUUUAUCCGAUGCUAUUCUUCAACCACCAAAGGUUCAAGUUGUGCAAGCUUUACUCAUCUUGACGCUGUAUGAGUGGGGAGUGAGAGAGUACCACAAAGCCUGGAUGCACUGCGGAAUUGCAAUACGCAUCAUGCAGUCACUUCACAGCUCCCGAGUCAGCCCCCAUCCUCUCGACAUGUCUCAAAACAACGACACAGACGUCGUGGCCAUUGCAGUAGAAGCUCGAACAUACUGGGCCUGCUUCAUCAUGGACUGCACGAUCAACUCCGGAACAUAUAACCCCCGCAUGCUUCCAAUGUCUGAGAUGCACAAACUCAAAGUCCCUCGACCACUGAACUACACCGACUUUGCCUUUGGCUUUGACGCUGCAUCACUUAAUCAUAUUUGCACUGGUGAUCUUUCUGGACUUGCACAAAGCUUUGAGACGAUUGCGACUGGCUUUGACAUUUAUGCUCAGGCAAUGUCAUUUGUCUUCAACAAUGGGCGAUGUGCACCGGGAAUGUGUGCACCUGAGAAUUGUCCUUGGGUUCCUGGAUCAGCUUGGUCUCAGUGUCGAGAUAGGUUGGAAGAAUGGAGGAAGAGUCAGCAUGAAAGACUUUGCUAUCCGCAGCAUAGUGUUGUGGUGCAUAUGACUCUGGGACAUGGGGAGUCGUUCAUUUACUUGAACAUGCUGUACUACUUGAGUACUAUCAUGCUUCACAGAGAAUACUUCCCUUUCCUACCAACCGCAGACCUUACACCUCGAGGUCCCGUCGACCCUCCUCUUCUGGAGGCAGAAGCACCACCAGGUUGGUGGGAUGAAAGUGCCAGAGAACUCUUCAACGCAGCUGAGCAGAUCGCCUCUUUGCUCCAAGAGGCAUCCGAGUGCGGUAUUCCACUAAUGACUCCCUUUUCCGGAUUCUGUGCUUUCACAGCAUGCUUUCUCAACCUCUACGUGUUUCGGUUUCCCAGGAUGAACCUCAAUCGAAGCUCAAAAGCAGAACAGCUUAUGAAUUGGGGCUUGGAGUACCUGGAAGAGUUCCAGAAUGCUUGGGAGCUAGCUGGAGGCUGGAUCAAAACGAUUCAAAACUCAUCACUCUUAUACAAAAGAGCAACCGAAGACGCAGGACGAUACCGCGGCAGAUCAAGAGCCGAUUUCGAAACUCUACACCAAUCAAUUCAUGAGUAUCGAAUCGUCGAUAGGUCGGAUCAACAUUUGCAGCAGAUCAGCCAUGCAGAUCGAAACUCACUAAGACGGGAAGAUGAGACUGAGGUAGCUAGACAAGUUCAAGUGCCAAGUGGUAUGGGGAUGGCUGUGAAUGCUUCGGUUCCGGAUCCGUUUCCGAAUUGGUGGUCUAUGUUGCAGGAGGUGGAGUUUACGGAUGUUGGCAAUUUGUGGAAUGGGAUGCGUGAGCUAUAA